CGCGCGCCUCCGGAGUUGCAGAACGAGGCGCGGCUGUCAGAAACAAAGCAGGAGACAAAAAGUGAAUACUGACCCUCCCAGUGGAAAGGUACAUGAAGAACUAGUAAGACGAGACUACAGAAAUCUCCUGCGGACACCAGGAACUGUGUGCGGCUGUAUUUGGACACGGAUUCCUUCUCCGGACGGCUGGGUCGGACUGCUCGCCGGCGGGACGGAGCUCAUCUGCGGACUUAAGAGUUAAAGGUUAGAGUGCUUAUAAUGUCAAACAACAGGCUCCUCGGACAGAUACGCAGAACUUCUCAACUCCCAGCACCGAUUCUAGGAUGUUCAAAGUUGGCUUUCUGCAUUUUGCCCAUUGCUCAGAUUGCAAUUGGGUCAGUAUACCUGAAUGACUGUCCACGGCAGCAAUACAUCCCCAUCUAUCUGAUUGUGUCGGGGGUCUUUGGCCUGAUACUUGGAGUGCUCAGCUGCCUGCCCUGUGCUCAGGAGCCCGAAGACGGCACUGUCAACCUGCUGAGCCGAAUCUGCACCGCCUGGAACUCGCUGACGAGUUUCUUUCUCUUCUGCUGGUUCAUCACAGGUAAUGUGUGGAUCUACUCAAUUUAUGAACCCAACUACAACAAGACCGCGACUGAUGUGAAUCUGUACUGCAACAAGACUCUCUACUUGUUCGCCUUCUGGACCACCACACUGGUCUACAUCUUGUUGGGUUUGUUCCUGGUCAUCGGUUGCUGCGUCCUUUUCUGCUUCUGCCUGUGCGGUCAUGCGGACCCCGACGACAACCUCUAGAGACUCUAACAGGAUGCAUCUUAUGGGGCUGCUCGCAAUGCGUGAAGCUGCUUCUGUUGCACAUAUACCACUAUUGUUACAUGUUUUGAAAUCUUAAGGAAAAGCAACAGAGCAACUCAGACAUCCUUCUCUUUGUCAGCCCCACCUGAUUUGUUAAUGACUUUCAGAUUAUAUCCUUUCUGGCUGACUUUAAUUAGGUCUCAGGUGUUUUCUCAUUGCUUAGCUUUUUCUAAAUCUGCAGGUACUCUAAUGAAUUCUGUUGUUGGAUUUUUCCUUGAAGUGCUAUUCCAAAAGGAGCACAGGGUGUGUUGUUUACGUGGUGAGCCUCAUAUUUGGCUCAGUCUUUGUGCAAUCUGCAAGAAGAAAUGAUAAAAAUGUCUGUUUGAAUUUGUGUUUCUUUGAUGCUUUGCCUUUUUAAAAGACACGUACAGCCAG